UUUCCGGCUCAGCGGGGAGAAAAGAGAUGGUGGGGUGCUCAACAGAGAAGGUUAGACACCGGCGGGAACCAGAGGAGCCCAAGCGCGGCGCUGGGCCUCGGGGCUGCAGGAGUCCUAGGGUCUGCAGGAGUCCUCCGCUGCGGUAUGGAGGUCGCCGGGGAAGAAGGACGGUUCAGUUGCUAGGCAACCCGGCCUGGACCCGCCUCUCGCUCGCGUUGCUGGGAGACUACAAGGCCGGGGGGAGGGCGGCGAGAGGGCCCUACGUGCUGACGCUAAUUGUAUAUGAGCGCGAGCGGCGGGCUCUUGGGUCUUUUUUAGCGCCAUCUGCUCGCGGCGCCGCCUCCUGCUCCUCCCGCCGCCGCUGCCGCCCUGAGUCACUGCCUGCGCAGCUCCGGCCGCCUGGCUCCCCAUACUAGCCGCCGAUAUUUGGAGUUCUUACAACAUGGCAGACAUUGACAACAAAGAACAGUCUGAACUUGAUCAAGAUUUGGAUGAUGUUGAAGAAGUAGAAGAAGAGGAAACUGGUGAAGAAACAAAAAUCAAAGCACGUCAGCUAACUGUUCAGAUGAUGCAAAAUCCUCAGAUUCUUGCAGCCCUUCAAGAAAGACUUGAUGGUCUGGUAGAAACACCAACAGGAUACAUUGAAAGCCUGCCUAGGGUAGUUAAAAGACGAGUGAAUGCUCUCAAAAACCUGCAAGUUAAAUGUGCACAGAUAGAAGCCAAAUUCUAUGAGGAAGUUCACGAUCUUGAAAGGAAGUAUGCUGUUCUCUAUCAGCCUCUGUUUGAUAAGCGAUUUGAGAUUAUUAAUGCAAUUUAUGAACCUACGGAAGAAGAAUGUGAAUGGAAACCAGAUGAAGAAGAUGAGAUUUCGGAGGAGUUGAAAGAAAAGGCCAAGAUCGAAGAUGAGAAAAAGGAUGAAGAAAAAGAAGACCCCAAAGGAAUUCCUGAAUUUUGGUUAACUGUUUUUAAGAAUGUUGACUUGCUCAGUGAUAUGGUUCAGGAACAUGAUGAACCUAUUCUGAAACACUUGAAAGAUAUUAAAGUGAAGUUCUCAGAUGCUGGCCAGCCUAUGAGUUUUGUCUUAGAAUUUCACUUUGAACCCAAUGAAUAUUUUACAAAUGAAGUGCUGACAAAGACAUAUAGGAUGAGGUCAGAACCAGAUGAUUCUGAUCCCUUUUCUUUUGAUGGACCAGAAAUUAUGGGUUGUACAGGGUGCCAGAUAGAUUGGAAAAAAGGAAAGAAUGUCACUUUGAAAACCAUUAAGAAGAAGCAGAAACACAAGGGACGUGGGACAGUUCGUACUGUGACUAAAACAGUUUCCAAUGACUCUUUCUUUAAUUUUUUUGCCCCUCCUGAAGUUCCUGAGAGUGGAGAUCUGGAUGAUGAUGCUGAAGCUAUCCUUGCUGCAGACUUCGAAAUUGGUCACUUUUUACGUGAGCGUAUAAUCCCGAGAUCAGUGUUAUAUUUUACUGGAGAAGCUAUUGAAGAUGAUGAUGAUGAUUAUGAUGAAGAAGGUGAAGAAGCGGAUGAGGAAGGGGAAGAAGAAGGAGAUGAGGAAAAUGAUCCAGACUAUGACCCAAAGAAGGAUCAAAACCCAGCAGAGUGCAAGCAGCAGUGAAGCAGGAUGUAUGUGGCCUUGAGGAUAACCUGCACUGGUCUACCUUCUGCUUCCCUGGAAAGGAUGAAUUUACAUCAUUUGACAAGCCUAUUUUCAAGUUAUUUGUUGUUUGUUUGCUUGUUUCUGUUUUUGCAGCCUAAAAUAAAAAUUUCAAAUACAAUUUUAGUUCUUACAAGAUAAUGUCUUAAUUUUGUACCAAUUCAGGUAGAAGCAGAGACCUUCCUUGAAUUAAGGGUUAUACUCAGUUUUUACCACAUUAUUGAAGAAAAGGGUAACAGCUUUGGCAUGAGAUACUAUACUAAUAAGCAAGUGUAAAAAGAGAAAAAAGAAAAUCAGUGAUUUGAUGCUUUUUUUUUUUUUAAUUCAUUUUCUUUGGGUUAGAGCUAGAGAGAAGGCCCCAAGCUUCUGUGGUUUCUUCUAAUUCUUACUGCUUAAAGUAUGAAUAUGUCACUUAAACCCAUGCUUCUGUUUACUGUGUAUUAAAAUGGGUAGUACUGUUUACCUAACUACCUCAUGGAUGUGUUAAGGCAUAUUGAGUUAAAUCUCAUAUAAUGUUUCUCUAUCUUGUUAAAAGCUCAAAAUUUUGGGCCUAUUUGUAACGCCAGUGUGACACUCAGCAUUUUGUUCACACCACGCUUUGAUAACUAAACUGGAAAACAAAGGUUAAGUACCUCUGUUCUGGAUCUGGGCAGUCAGCACUCUUUUAGAUCUUUGCGUGGCUCCUAUUUUUAUAGAAGUGGAUGGAUGCACUAUUUCACAAGGUCCAAGAUUUUUUUUCAGAUAUUUUUGAUGACUGUAUUGUAGUAAAUACUACAGGGAUAGCACUAUAGUAUUGUCAUGAGACUUAAAGUGGAAAUAAGACUAUUUUUGACAAAAGAUGCCAUUAAAUUUCAGACUGUAGAGCCACAUUUAUAAUACCUCAGGCUAAUUACUGUUAAUUUGGGGGUUGAACUUUUGAUGACAGCGAGGGUGGAUUAUUGGAUUGUCAUUAGAGGAAGGUCUAGAUUUCCUGCUCUUAAUAAAAUUACAUUGAAUUCAUUUUUAGAGGUAGUGAAAACUUCCUUUUUGAGAUGUUAGUGUUAAGGUCUUGGAAUGUGAACACAUUGUUUGUAGUGCUAUCCAUUCCUCUCCUGAGAUUUUAACUUACUACUGGAAAUCCUUAACCAAUUGUAAUAGCUUUUUUCUCUUUAUUUUCAAAAUGAUUUCCUUUGCUUUGAUUAGACACUAUGUGCUUUUUUUUUUUUUUAACCUAUAGUUCAUCGAAAUGCAGCUUUUUCUGAACUUUAAAGAUAGAAUCCCAUUUUUAAUGAACUGAAGUAGCAAAAUCAUCUUUUUCAUUCUUUAGGAAAUAGCUAUUGCCAAAGUGAAGGUGUAGAUAAUACCUAGUCUUGUUACAUAAUGGGGAUGUGGUUUGCAGAAGAAUUUUCUUAAGGGAUGUCAGUGUUUAUGCCAUUUUUCCAGUUCCAAAAUGAUUCCAUUCCAUUCUAGAAAUUUGAAGUAUGUAACUUGAAAUCCUUAAUAAAAUUUGGAUUUAAUUUUAUAAAAUGU